AUGGCGAGCUCGAGUUUCCGCCCCAAGCGCGCAGGCGACGAUUUCACAGGCCCAGAUCCCGACCAGGACGAGUUUGACGGCCCCUCCGAAAAGAAGCCCCGAUUCGAUGUCCGCAACCCCUCCGCUCUAGCGGCCGAUGCGCCCGAAGAUGAUGAGCUCCUAGACGCCGACGAGAUCGGUCGCCGUGGCCAGAAAGUGCGACGAAAGGCCAUCAACAUUGACGGUUAUGAAUCCGACAGCGAUAACGAGGGGUUCUCGGCGCGAAGGGAGGAAAAAUCGAAGCGCGAGAAGAACGACGCCGCCGACGACGAUGAUAUGUUUGCUGAACUGGAGGAGGACUUUGGCGAGGGUGAAGCCGGCGGCGACGACGCGACGAAGAAAGACAAGAAGAAUGUUCGCUUUCUGCAAAAUGACGAGAUCGAGGGUCAGGUCGCUUCCUCAACAGGCGGAAAGAAGCUACAUGCCGACUUAAGAAAAGGCGCCAAGUCAAUCGAUACCGAAGACGGGGACAGUGACAGUGAAGUUGAUGAAGAGGAACGAGCCAGGGCCGACGAAGAGCUGGAUGAAGAGCUUGGAGCUGGCGCCAAGAAGAAACAUGCGCCUUUGCUUGAUGCUUUCAACAUGAGCACGGAGCAAGAAGAAGGUCGAUUUGAUGACCAGGGCAACUACGUGCGGAAAGCUGUCGACCCAGAUGCUGUCUACGACUCAUGGUUAGCUGGCGUGUCAAAGAAGGACAUUCGCAAGGCAAAGGAAGCCGCGGACAAGCGCGAAGAAGAAAGAAAAGCGAAGGACCGACGGGACGACGAGGUCUUGACAGCAGAUGCCUUAAAAACCAUUAUAACGCACCUUGAGCGCGGCGAGACAAUACUUGAGGCGCUGGCUCGACUAGGCAAGGGUCUCCCGCGGAAGCCCAAAUGGCAGACCAAAAAGAAGAACAAGAAGAGCAAAGAAGCCGAAGAUACUGAAAUGGCCGACGAAACCUCGGACGAGGCCGUUCGAAGGAGGGCAAUUGAGGCUGUUACUGGUGCCGCCGAUAUCCUCAUGGGCCGAGACCAACCCGAAAUCUACGACACGGAGCGAGAGCUUCUCACCCGUCAGUAUAAGAGCGAGACUGGGGAAGACUGGGUCGACCCUUCUUCAACACUUGCGAACAUGGAGUCUGAGCAAGGGCCUACGAUGUGGGAGUAUCGCUGGUCCGAUGCCCGCGAUGGGGGCAAUGUACAUGGGCCGUACGAGAGCCUCAUGAUGCAGUCCUGGCAAGGCGCCGGGUACUUUGGCGAAGGCGUGGAGUUCCACCGAGUCGGAGACCCCGGACCGUGGAGAAGCACGGUCAAUUUCGUGUAA